UCGAACCGAUGAUGCGGGCAUGGCUGCUACUCCAGCGAUAGCGAUGAGCGUGGAAUCGUGCCGAGCUCUUUCUCCCGGAUGGAUUCUCUCCCAGCGCAGGCCUCUUGUUUCCAGGAUUUCUUGCUCAGGAUUGGGAUCAAGGAGCGCGGUGUCGCGAGAAUCACUGCAGCUGGCCAGGGGGCGCCUCGGCCUCUCCUCGCAUUUUCUGGAAUCAAGAACAGUGGCUCGCAUCGUCGCUAGGGUCUUCGAUCAAUCGGCAGCAGGAGCGGCUGCCGCACCAUUCGGCGACGAGAAUCUGCAAGGGAUCACUCUCUUUCACAAGUGCCGGGCGGUCCUUUUCUAUUUGACAACGACGCUAGUGGCAAUACCAUUGUUCCUGGUGAUGCUACUCCAGCAUCCUCUGGUGCUUCUCCUCGACAGGCAGCGGAGGAAAGCACAGCAUCUCAUCAACAAGCUCUGGGCGUCGGCGAGCACAUUUUUUUUCUACGAGGUGGAGAUUGUUGGCAAAGAGCAUCUACCGCAUCCCAAUGAGCCCGCCGUUUACAUCUCAAAUCACCAGAGCUUCCUUGACAUCUUUGCCUUGUUCCAGCUCGGUCGACCCUUCAAGUUCAUCAGCAAGACUAGCGUGUUCUUCAUUCCAAUCGUGGGGUGGGCGAUGUACUUGACGGGUCACAUACCUUUGCAUCGCUUGGAUGCCAAGAGUCAGCUGGAAUGUCUUCGGCGUUGCAUUGAGUUGCUCAAGCGAGGAGUGUCGGUGUUCUUUUUUCCAGAGGGAACAAGGAGUACCGAUGGGACACUAGCUGCAUUCAAGAAAGGAGCAUUCUCGUGUGCUGCUAAAGCUAAAGUUCCGGUAGUUCCCAUUGCUCUUGUAGGUACUGGACAUCUUAUGCCCAACGGCAAAGAGAACGUUUUGAGAACAGGGAAAGUGAAGAUCGUCAUACAUCCGCGCGUUCAAGGAGGCACUGCCGACGAACUCUGCGACCAGGCACAAAAGUAUAUUGUGAGCUCUGUCGCUAUUAGUCCUGUGAAGCGACCUUUCAACAGCAGCAUCGAAGAACUAUGAUUUUCCAGGAGUGAAAGGCGCGAGUUUGCAGUGUUACCAGCAGCAGCAACAUCGCGAGACUGGGAUUUAAAUGACAACAUCGAGAGAAAGGCAACUUCCGGGAAUCUAUUCCUGCAAAGUUACACGCGUCGAAUUUCUAUGUAUCUUUGAUUUUUAAUGAGGUGGAUGAUAGAGCGCCACUUGUUGCUUGGAAA